AUCUAGAUACAAUUAUGGCCUGUUUGGUAGACCCCUAAAAAUGAGUUCAUCUCAUUUUAGUCAAUCAUAUUUCAUAAUUAUAAAUUAAAGAUCAUGAUUGUUGGUUGUCAAGAGUAUUUUUAAUCCUUGCCAACAAGAAAUAUGAUCUCUACUACAUCACUCUGAUUACCUAAAAUUAGAUGGACCUAUUUUUAGGCCUCUGCCAAAUAGGCACUUAAAUGUUAUUUAUAUUGCAAGUCGGAGAGAGAUUGCCAAAGUCAUCACAACAGUUUGUCUGCAAGGAAUUUUCAGGCGACUGUCUUUUUCCCUCGGCUACAUUGUCAUCCAAGCAUACAUGGGUAUCACACAUUCAGAUAAUUAAUGAUCGUGACGUUGGUGGAAAAUGCUAUGGGUUUGUUACUUUUACAAAUCCCAGAUCAGCAAUCGAUGCCAUCAAUGAUAUGAAUGGAAGGACUAUUGGUGGGAGAGUUGUAAGAGUAAAUGAAGUGCGGACAAGAGGUGGAAGGAUGAACUUCAAUCGUGAAAAUUUCCAUCGGGAUAUGGAUAGGGACAUGGACUGGGACAGGGGCAGAGAGAGAGAAAGGGAUCAUGAUCGUGAUAGAGACCGCCAUCGGGAUCGAUAUAGUGAUCGAUCUCGAGAUCGUGACCGAGAGCGAGAAAGAGAAUAUGAGAGCGGGCAUGAUCAUGAUCGUACAAGGGACCGUAUCCUGGAUCACGAUAGAGAGGACCAUGAUCAAGAACGUAACCGGAGCCAUGACUUAGAUUGGGAUAGGGACCAGGAGCGAGACAGAGAAAUGGAUAAUGCUAAAGAGCGUGAUAGAAGUAGAGAUAAGGAUAAAGAGCAACAAUCAAAGACUCGGAUUGGCAGUCAAUUUGGUGAUCGGCGAAGUAGAGAGUUAUCAUCAAAUUCCAGCGAUGAGUAUCAUGACCAGGUAAAAGAGCAACUAGAGAUAUCCACUAAAAGGCAUGACGAGCUCCAAAAUGAGAUUGCUCAGAUUGAAGAGAAGUAUGAAGAGAAAGAAAAGCUUGUUUCAGAGUUACAAAAGAAAGCUCAGAAAUUGGAGGAUGCCUUGGUGGCUGCAAAGAAGCUCACUUCUCAACGGCAGACACAAAUGACCAAGUUGCAGAGAGGUCUUCUGCAAGUAAAAGAAUAUAGUGAAAGGCUCAAAAGCUCUGAACAGGAACUUCAGUCACUUGUGGAUGUGACAAUGGUUGAAGCUGAUGAAGGUGAGGAAAUUGGAGCAAGGGAUGGCACCCUGCAUGCAAAUGGCAAAGUUUGAGUCCCAUAUGGGUGGGUCAGUCUGUAUCGCUUUUGAUGGCCGCUAAUGAAGCAUCCUGGUGUCAGGUUCAUGUUUUACUUCAUCGUGAUGAUGUUUUAAAUGAACAAAAUGGUUAGUUUCAGUAAUCAGCUGUCCCUAAAAUGAUGCAUCUGGACUUCCUCAUUUUUCUGAGUUUUAGAUUUUUAGAUUAA